AUCGUGCAACCAUCGGCUAAUAACAUUAGCAACAACAACAACAACAACAACAACAACAACAACAACAACAACAACAACACCAACAUCAAUAGUAGUAACAACAGCAAGAGUCACCGUAAAUUUAUUGAAAUUCUCGAGGGUUCCAAUCAGAGUGUUAGAAACAUCAACGAGAAGCUGCUAACUAUUGCACAAGUCAUGGCACCAAGUUGGUCUAUGCGUCUCCUGGGCGUGAGCUGUGGUUCAGUGGUUUGCGCUUGGGGACUUCUGCUUGUUUUGUCUGUACUUGGUGGAGCUUCUCACAGUACUGGACUCAACGGCUAUGAUUUCGACAAUGCUGGUACCAUGGAGGACUUAAAUGGUGGCAGAUGUCCAUGGGCUUGCUCUUGUGAAGGACAGGAUAUCGAUUGCUCGGAACGUGGUCUCACCCAGGUGCCUGGUGAUCUCGCAGUUCUCGCCGAAAAAUUAGACCUUCAGGGGAACAAUAUUUCCGUUGUCUUCAAGACUGACUUUGAAGAUAUGGCGACUCUCCACGCAUUACAACUGUCGAACAAUCAAAUUCAUACGAUUGAAAGAGGAGCUUUCAAGGACUUGGUAGCUGUAGAAAAAUUACGGUUAAAUAAUAACCAAAUUAGAUAUCUACCAGACACUUUGUUCAGCAAUAUGAUGAAUUUACGAAGGCUGGAUCUCAGUCACAAUCAAAUUGCAAUGAUUGGGCCAAAAACUCUGAGGGGGGUGUCUGCUUUAAAGCACUUAUUACUUGAUAAUAAUGUACUGACGUGCAUUGAUGAAAGUGCUAUUAGAGAAUUGAAAGACUUAGAAAUUCUAACAUUGAACAACAACAAACUAACAACCCUUGGGAAAGAGAUGUUAUUUGGUUUGGCGCGAUUGCGUACCUUGAAACUCACGGACAACUUUCUAGUUUGUGACUGUCAUCUAGCCUGGCUGUCACGCCAUCUAAAGAGUGUUCCGCGACUUGGACAGCAUACGAAAUGUGCCGCGCCGGCUCAUCUCAAGGGACAGAAUCUCGUCGAUUUGCAAGAGCACGAGUUCAAGUGCCCAGGCCUUGUAGAAGUUCGGACUGGAUCCGAGUGUACCGCUGAACCUCAGUGUCCACAUCCGUGCAGAUGUGCCAAUGGAAUUGUCAAUUGUCGCGAGAGUUCAUUGGAAAAAGUACCAACUCAUCUCCCUGAGGACACCACUGAAUUGCGGCUUGAGCAAAAUAGCAUUACGGAAAUUCCACCGAAGGCGUUCUCACCUUAUAGAAAAUUAUCGAGAAUUGAUUUAAGUAAUAAUAAAAUAAAAAAAGUUGCUGCUGACGCUUUCCACGGAUUAAAGUCUCUUGAAUCUCUAGUAUUGUACGGUAAUCAAAUAACCGAACUGCCUGGUGGAGUAUUCCAAGGACUAACUAGUUUGCAAUUACUUCUACUAAAUGCCAACGAUAUUUCCUGCAUACGUACCGAUCUAUUUCGUGACCUCACCAGUUUAACAUUGCUAUCACUCUACGAUAAUAACAUUAAAUCACUUGCCAAUGGAACUUUUGCCAAUCUGCGUAGCAUCAGAACACUACAUUUAGCGAAAAAUCCGUUUAUUUGCGAUUGCAACUUACGGUGGCUGAGCUUGUAUCUCCACGAGCAUCCAAUCGAAACAUCCGGGGCUAAAUGUGAAUCUCCCAAACGAGCUGCUAAGCGAAAGAUUGACGUUAUGCGGGACGAAAAGUUCAAAUGUAAGGGUGACGAAAAGUUACUGACCAAGAGAGCCGGUGAGUGUAUUCUACCAGGAGCUUGUCCAUCACCUUGUACGUGCAAUGGAGCAACUGUAAAUUGUUCUGAUAAAAAACUUACGUCGAUUCCUCGAGAGUUGCCGAUUUAUACAUCAACACUAUUAUUGGGGAAUAAUGAGAUUGAAAAAAUCAAAGCCGAUAGUCUGUUUGAAAAGCUCCCAGAAUUACAACACUUAGAUCUUCGAAGAAAUAAAAUUACCAGAAUAGAAGCGUCUGCUUUUAAAGGAGCUCAUCAACUUACUGAACUGCUCUUGUCUGACAAUAAACUAAGAGAAGUUCACGAUAAGAUGUUCACAGGGCUAGUUAACUUGAAAACUUUAAACUUGAGUGGUAAUGCAAUAACUUGUGUGAUGCCGAGUUCAUUCGAGGGUCUAGCUCAUAUUCGCGAAAUUAACAUGCAAGGCAAUCCUUUAUCAUGCAAUUGUCAUUUGGCGUGGUUCGCCGAGUGGUUGAGAACUCGCGACAUUCCAGGCGUCAUUGGACGAUGCCACGAUCCUCCGAGAUUGAAGGACGCCCACGUUAAAGAUAUUCCGCGUCACGAGUUUAAAUGCAACAGUGAUAGUGUCGGGUGUCUCGGUGACGAUUACUGCCCACCGCGAUGUCACUGUGCAGGAUCAGUGGUAAGCUGCUCCAGAUCACAUCUAACGGAAAUACCCCGUGGCAUCCCACCAGAGACCACUGAACUGUAUCUUGACGUAAAUGACAUAAAAACGAUUCAACCCGAGAGACUUAGCCACUUGAGGAUGCUGACAAGAUUGGACUUGAGUAACAACCAGAUUGUUAUGCUGGCGAAUGACACCUUCAAGAAUUUAACUAAAUUAUCUCACCUGAUAAUAAGCUACAACAAACUCCAGUGUGUACAGAAAGAUUCUUUAGCAGGACUCAAAUCUUUAAGGAUAAUUUCUCUUCAUGGAAAUGAAAUUUCUACGAUACCCGAAGGAACAUUUGAUGAUCUAAAGGCAAUAACGCAUGUGGCAUUGGGUUCGAACCCACUCUACUGCGAUUGUCACAUGCGUUGGCUAGCAGAAUGGGUGAAAAAAGACUCAGAUGUUGAGCCUGGCAUCGCACGAUGCAUGGAGCCGCUGGCGAUGAAAGAAAAGUUGCUUUUAACAGCUCCCGCAAGCGCCUUUGUUUGCAAAACCAAACAACAACCUGCCGAGGUCUUGGCCAAGUGCGAUGUGUGUUACACCUACCCAUGUCAAAACAGUGGAUUAUGCGAGGCACUACAGGACAGGGAAUUCUAUUGCAAGUGCUCGCCAGGAUAUCACGGGGACCGGUGUCAACAUAAAAUUGACGCGUGCUAUGGAAAUCCUUGCCGGAACGCCGGAACUUGUAAAGUACUGGAAGAAGGAAGAUUCAGUUGCGACUGCGCCCCCGGAUACGAGGGACUCAGAUGUGAGAACAACGUCGACGACUGCGCACACAACAAGUGCGCCAACAACUCAACCUGCGUGGACCUCGUUCAGGCCUACAGAUGCGACUGCGCACCGGGAUUCAUGGGAGAAUACUGCCAGACGAAAAUCCCAUUUUGCACAAAAGGACAUGACCCAUGUGAGAACGGAGGCCGCUGUGUUGACCACCGGACCCACUACAGUUGUGAGUGCCCAAUCGGGUUCAGUGGCCUUAAUUGUUCCACCAAUUUGGAUGAUUGUGUCGAUCAUCUCUGCCAGAACGGUGCUACUUGCAUCGAUGGCAUAAAUAAUUACGAAUGUAAGUGCCCGGCAGAAUACACAGGAAGGUAUUGUGAAGCGGCGCCUUCGACAGCUUUACUUUAUCCGCAAACAAGCCCGUGUGCUCAUCAUGAUUGUCAACACGGCGUUUGCUUCCAACCUUCUUCUGAUUCUGCUGCGGGUUAUCUUUGCCAGUGCCAUCCCGGUUACACUGGAAAACGAUGCGAGUACCUGACGAGCCUGAGCUUCGUGGACAAUAGCUCGCUGGUCGAGCUAGAGCCGCUUCGCACGAAGCCCGAGGCUAAUGUGACCAUCGUCUUCACAACCACUCACGAAAAUGGGGUUUUACUCUACGAUGGUAUAGAACAGAGUGGUGAACAUAUUGCAGUUGAACUAUUUAACGGUCGAGUACGAGUUUCAUAUGACGUUGGAAACUAUCCAACCUCCACGAUGUACAGUUACGAAAUGGUCUCAGAUGGAAAGCCACAUAUGGCCGAGCUUAUAGCAAUAAAGAAAAAUUUUACUCUGAGAGUAGAUCGAGGACUUGCUAGGAGCAUUAUCAAUGAAGGUACUAGGGAAUAUCUCAAGCUCAAUACCCCGAUGUACGUCGGUGGUGUACCAUCUGAAGUUGCCAGCAACGCAUUCUCACAAUUUCACCUCAGAAAUGUCACCAGUUUUCAAGGUUGCAUAUCAGGAAUGUGGAUAAAUCAUAAAUCAGUGGACUUUAGCAACGCUGCGAAGAUGCAUCGCGUGACUCCCGGAUGUGCUUCUGGGGAAGAGGAAGCCGAUGAAGCUGGGAAGGAUAUAGAAGCAGCUGAAUCUAAUAAUAGUGGUAACAUUGAAGACUCCAUGCAGCAUGAACACGUUGUGCAUGAUAAUUCAGAUACCGUUGUAUCAGUACCAGGCGCAAGUAUUAUCGAUCCUUGUACAGGUCACGAAUGCCACAAAGGCUCACAAUGUGUACCAUCUCUGUUCGGAAAUGGUUACUCUUGUCGGUGUCAGACUGGCUGGCAAGGACGAUAUUGCGAGAAAGCGCCAACUUGUCGUAAAGAACAUACAAGAGAGUAUUACAGUGAAAAUGGAUGCCGCAGCAGACGUCCAGUUAAACUAGCCAAAUGUUGGGGUAGUUGUGGUAAUUCAUGUUGCCUUCCGCGAAAAACUAAGCGUCGUAAGGUCCGCUUGAUUUGUACCGAUGGAAAACGCUACACGAAAGAUGUUGAGUUAAUACGUAAAUGUACGUGCACACGUAAAUGCUAUUAGACUGGAAGAAAUCAACUGCUAAUUCAUCACACCGUCAUAUAAGAUUUUUUAAAUACAUAAAGUAAAAGUAAACCCCAUUAUUCCAUAUUUAAUAUUACUCAUUAAAUUAAGGCAUUUUUUCAAUUAAUUUUUUUUACGUGCCUAUUUAAUAUUUAAAUAAGACGAGUUAUUAAUAAUAAAACAGUGAGUGACGAUGUGCGGACUAAAUUCGAUGGACACACACAGCCGGCUCAGUGUGAUAUGUAUUAAUAAGAAUUAUAUUAUAAUAUAAAAAUAAUAAUAAUAAUUACAAUUAUAAUAAUAACAAUAAUAUUGGACUAACAGAUAUGAAUUAAUCAAUAAUUAUCUAUUAUUCAUAUAAUAUAAGUAUCUUUUUAAGGACAUAUUUUAAGUAUUACAAUUGUACAAGCAUGCUUCCGUUUGUUUACUGAUUUAUUAAAAAAUCAAUGGUAUGCGUGCUUGUAUUUAUAUAAAUACAUAAUAGGCUAUAAAAAAUAUAUAUAUUGUAUUACUUGAUAAAAUGUCAAUCGAUCGCAUUUCAUCUACGAUUAUAGAGAGGUUAACUUUGUAAAUGAUAGCAAUCGUAAAAUUCCCAGUAACCCAAAUAUGAGCUAAAAAUGUAAAAGAAAUUAAAAGUGUCAUGUUUAAAUGAAGUUUCUUUUGCCAUGUAUGAAAUUUUAAAUAAUAGGCACAAUCAAACAAAUUAAGAACUAUUAAUUGUAAAUAAAAAAUUCAUAGUCAGUGUUGCUGUCGCAAACGUGUUUAUAGUAAGUGUUGCUAUGGUAACCGUUUCUAAUGAUAACUGUUGUAUGGUAGGCGUUUUCAUAGUGAUAGUUUCUACAGUAACCGUUGUUAUGGUAAGCAUUUCCAUGAUAACCAUGGCUACGGAAUGCGUUUCCGUAGUAACCGUUGCUAUGAAAGGCGUUGCUAAGGUAACUGUUGUUGCUGUAACUCUUGUCAUGGUGAGCAUUGUUAUGAUUACUGUUGCUAUAGCAGGUGUUAUUAUAGCUACUAUUACUAUUGUGAGCGUUGCCAUAGCAACCAUAGCUACGGAGUAUCGUUACAUUUAAAAUCCUUCACUUUUUUUGGCCUAGCUCUCAUUUGCAAACGUGCGAUAAGAAACUUCGUUUCAAAAAUAAUAAAAGUUUUGUUAAUACCUGGUACGUUAAUGGUCAAACUAAUUUACUUUCUCGCUCUCCUGCCUUGGAAUUUAGAAAUAAACAAGGUCUUAAAACGUGUGAAGAAGCGAUUUAGUACAG